AUGGCUUGCACAAAGCAGACAGCUCGCAAAUCCACUGGAGGCACGGCCCCCCGGAAGCAGCUUGUGACCAAAGCAGCCCGCAAGAGCAUGCCUUCCACCGGUGGAGUCAAGAAACCACAUCAUUACAGGCCUGGGACUGUGGGUUUGCGUGAAAUCCGGCGAUACCAGAAGUCCACAGAGUUGCUGAUCAGGAAGCUUCCUUUCCAGCGUCUAAUGCGUGAAAUUGCACAGGACUUCAAAACUGACUUGAGGUUCCAGAGUGCUGCCAUUGGGGCUCUGCAGGAAGCCAGUGAGUUUUCCUGA